AUGUCAAUCACAGAUCUUUAUCUCUACAAGCUCUGUGUCUUUCAGAUGGCAGUUUGGUGGCUAUUUUCUCUGUUCAUGUUCCACCUGAGCUGCAUGUCUCCAAGUUGUGCUCACCCUGGAGGCCUUAGCAAGGCCUUCUCAUACUCCCUGAAAUCCACGAGAUGUACCCACGCCCGGGUGAAGCAGCUUCUCAGGAGAUAUAAGGAGGAACAGUUGGAUGACGUGCAGUUUGAGGACAGGAAUCUGGAGUUAAAGACACUACCUUCCCUCUCUACGGACUUCAACCAGUGGCUUCAGAUGAAGGACUGGGAGCGACUGAGUACUGCCUCUCAUGACCUGCACACCUUCUGGGCUCAUCUGGACAGGAAGAGAAGGGAGAUGGAGGAGGAGGGAGAUAGGGCAUCCCAGGGGAUGAGCAACAGGAGGAAGGCUAAACUCAGCAUACCUGAGAGUAUUCAGUGUAUUCAGAAAGACCUGCGGGAUCUCAUGACUAAAGUCAACUUUCAGUUGAAGAGUAUGAAUAGCUCUAGUGUGAGUCCCACCUCUCCCAAUACGAUGACCUGGCAGGUUGGCCUUUCCACCAGCAGCUGGGCCAAAUCCACAUCCCUGUGGGCCAGCCGCCUGGAGGGUUACAUCAUCCUCAGGGACCUGGAGAGCUACCUCAGCAAGCUGACAAGAGACUUCACCCUCCUAAGGACCAGACACAGCCUCCCUCCAGGAACCCCACACAGGGGCAGAUAGUGUGCAAUAAUUCAGAUUUGCACCUCUUUGGCCAAAGUGGCUUCAACUUAUUUCAUGGACAGGAGGCAAUUGUGGGUGUGAGAAUGUAUAGUAUAAUGAAUGGAAAUGUUAAAUCAUCCAACAGUAUUUCAUAUUGCCAAUACACAGUUUAUUUGAGCUGUAAAACAAACUAAUAAUGAUAUUAGUAUUUUUAUGAAGAAUAUAAUAAUAAUGAUAAUAAGUAUUAGUAGGAGAUAACUAAGAAACAUUUUAUUCAGUAUUACUAUGGAAAAAGAAAUGUCAAUACCUCAUUUUUCAAUUGAAUUUGUGACAUUUACAUUACAUUUUAGGAAACUAAUAUAGAGUCAUUUACAAGAGCAGGACCAGGAUUUGAACCUUGUC